AUGGCAAAGACGAAGACAAUCGCCCGCCCAGCAGCAGCAGCUACGCGCACCUCGACGCGCAUCCAGAAGAACAAGAACAAGAAGGCGGCCAGCGCGAUUAUCGCCAGCGCAAUCCCUACCACCGCCAUCCCCGUUCCCCCCGCAAAGCGCUUCGUCGGGCCCCUCCCCCUCGACCCCAUGAGCCCCGACGCAAAGCUAUUUCGUGCUGGCUGUGCUGGCGGUGCUGGCAUCAGCAUGGUGAUCUGCUUCAAGAUCAAGAGUAAGGCACUUGAUGCCGCCCUCGCGAAGAAGAUGAGCCUCCUGGAGCACCCGGAUCGUCCCGGGAUGUUGAUCCGUGGUGGCGACGACUCCGUUGAGGCUCACGAUGUGGAGCGGGAGCUCAAAGAGAUGAGGAAGCGGGCGGUGGAGCAGCUCGGCGGUGGGGAGAGCUGCGAGAGGGUGGCGAAGAGGUUGGGGGAUAUGCUCCUUGCUGAGUCCUGA